AUGUCUGUCCACGAACAUAGUGAUUUCUUCACACCGUCGAAUUUCCCAGCACAACAUUCACGUGAGGCAGUCAAAAUCAUCGCUUCACCAUACUUCCCGAACGAUUAUGACGAAUUGGAAGUGCUCGACACGAAACAUUUGAAAGCCGGUGCUGUGGUUCGAAAUAAGGAAGAUCGUGAACUACUGCAUGGUUAUGAAUGCUAA